CAGUGCAACGUUAUUGAAGUCAGUGGCAUUUCAUGAGCAUAAUGGAGAACAACACAAGCCAGUUCUGCAGCAGGGAUAGAUCACGUAGUGGGGAGAGGUUAAUCAGAGGGGUGAUUGGCCACCUGGCUGGGUCUGGAGACCUAAGAGGAUGAGGGUAACAAUGACAGGAAUAUGUGACUAGCUAAAGGCACAAUCUGUAGGUUUCAAGGGUUUUUUUUUUUUUUAAAUGUAAAGAACAUUAUUGAGAAUGGCUCAAUCCCUAUUAGCCACUGGCUGGUAAACUGAGACAUCUGUUUACCCUAAUCAGCUCACAGAGAAAAUCUGCCACAUACCUGCCAACAUUUGAAAGCUAUAAAUAUGUACAGCUGGGGAAAGACUGGGACCCACUUUAACUCAACUGAAAUACAUUGGGUUAGGAUGACUUUCUGAAAGGGCAAGCGGUCUGAUUUUCUUCAGUCUCAAACUUUGUGUUGUAAUUUUCACCUGUGUGAAGCAAGUGUAAAAAAUGCCACCCGGUCACAAUGGUGGCCUUUGACACCCACUUUGUGCAGACGGGUAGACACUAGGCCAGGCAGUAGAAAAUAAAGCUGAGAGUGAGGGGAAUUCAAAACUCAGCUGAAAAAUAGGAUUUAUCACUUCUAAACAGCAUCAGCUGGCAUGCAGGCAAAGCUCAACGUGAAAGAAGCCCUUAUUAUGGAUGUACUUUAAUAAUGCUGCAGAAGAAAACAAGCUGUUAGGCACUGUGGCCUGUAUCUUUAAAAAUGGUCCUUACUUGCCUCUGAUCCACUGUUGAUUUGCCAGGGUGUCUAGAUCCUUGGCCAUAAAUAACUGGGGUGACCAGCACGCCGUGGUACUGAGCCCCGCAACUCAGGCUCAAGUCAAUGGGAGCUGGGGGCGUGCAACAUCUGUGGGAACCAGGCCUCCUAGAAGUGUCCCCUAUGGGGGCCACCAGAAUUUAGAAACAGCCAGAAUUAGAGGCUACGAUUAAGUAGAUUGUUCCCUACUAAACUACCUGACCGCGUGGACUGAUCUAAAGCCCGGCUUUCAGACCGGGGUGGGGCCCCGUUCGACCUGUCGCCCCCCCCCCCGCCGCACACAGCUGGGAGGUGCAGGUGGCCCCCUGGAAACACAUCCACCAGGUGGCAAAGCGGCAGCACUACAAUUCCCAGCAAUCACUGCGCACGCCCUCCUCUUCCCCCCCCCCCCACGCGGCUUUCAUCUCCUGCCUCCCGCUAAGCUCUGGGUGUCUGCGCGGCGGCGGCUGCUGCCAGGCGAAGCGGGAGUCCCGAGGCGAGCGCAGUGCUGGAGCUGCUAGCGCCCCUGGGCUUCAGCGGGGUGAGCAAGGCGGGCUAGGUCCUGCAAGCAACCCCCCAGCUCGCAGCGGCGGCUUUCAGCUGCAGGAGUGGAAGCCCCCUUAACCCUUCCACGCCUCCCCUUGGCUGGAGAGAAGCGGCGAAUGAAGUGAGGAUGGUUAUCCGGGUGUUCAUCGCAUCCUCGUCUGGCUCGGUGGCGAUAAAGAAGAGGCAGCAAGAUGUGAUACGAUUUCUAGAAGCCAACAGGAUAGAUUUUGAAGAGGUGGAUAUCACAAUGUCAGAGGAACAAAGACAAUGGAUGUAUAAAAAUAUUCCUGAGGAAAGACAGCCUGCACAGGGCAAUCCGCUGCCACCCCAGAUAUUUAAUGAUGAUCAGUACUGUGGAGAUUAUGAUUGCUUUUUUGAAGCAAAGGAAAGCAACACUGUCUUCUCCUUUCUAGGGCUGAAACCUAGGUUGGCAUCAAAGGAGUCAGAACCCUAGAAAAAUUCUUUGAAGAUUAAACAAGCACAUCUCCUGGAUGAAAAGCCUUGUUGUUCAGCACAAGACUGCUUCCCUAAUGGAUCACUGUGAUAAAAAGCCAAUGCGAAUAAUCAAUAUUUUGCUUGCCAUGGAAGAGGUGCUUUCCAAAGGUGUGAAAUUAAUGUGUACAUAAAAUGGGAUAAAGGGUGAGAUGAUACUCCUUUUUUUAAAAAAAAUGCCCACUCUUGAUGUUUCACAUCUGUCUAUGGAUAACAUUUUCACUGGCUUUGGUAUUCUAGCAAAUAAUCUAUUUAACUCUGAAGAUGGGUGGAUGUUGAGGAAUGGAAGUGUAAAAUCUGUAUUAGCAUUGAAGGUGAUCUGGCAAGAAUGUGAAUCCUUUAUAAAACUUCAGUUACUGCAGGCUGGAUAAAAUUAGUUUAUCAUGACAGUUAUAAUUUUGACGGUUAAUAGAACGUGAUGCUAGUUACGAUACAGAAGAUGAAAAACAGCAUGAAGAACUUGGUCUAUGCCAAAAACUUCAGAUUUCUGCUCAGUAUAUUUACUGUGCCGUCUAUGCUAGAACAUGUGUAUUGCAAUAUGUGUGGGCUACUAAGCUCUUUCAU